AUGGCUUAUGUUCGUGUUGCACAUCGUGGAUAUCCAGCUCGACCACCAUUAGCAAAUUAUCCUAUCAUGCAUCGUAUUCCAAUACAACAUCAACAUUUGGUUAGACAUAGACACAAUGCACCAAGACAUGUACCUGUUUUACAUGCGCCAACAUAUCCCGGUGAAUAUGAUUUUUUUGGAGGAGAAGAAGAAGAGCAACAACUAUAUGGACAAGAUCCAUACCAACAUCCAGAAGUUCUAAUACCAGAUCAAUAUAGAAGAUCGAAAUAUCAUUCAACAAAGCGAACUCCAACUUUUAUGUCAUUACAAAAUUAUUAUAAACGAUCAUCAACACGUUCAUCUGGUCGAUAUGUUCAACCUAAAUAUUCAUCAUAUACCUAUUAUAGACGCUAA